UAUGAAAGGGACGGAUACUGUCAGAUACAGACUGCAAAUUUCUCCAGACCAAAUUCAAGGUACCAUUCUUGCCGUUACUUCCUGUGGUGAGUGUGUUCAUCAACAUUUCCGUGAUGGUUCAGCUGGGAGGAGCCACCUGGGCUCGCUUCGCUGUGUGGAUGGCUGGAGGAUUCAUUAUCUACUUUGGAUAUGGAGUGAGAAACAGUGUCCAGAGGCAAAGGUUACUCAGCAGUCAGGUCAACAUUGAAGCCACUGAAACCAAACCUGAUAAAGAUGGACCAAAUUGGAUGACCAGCUCCCCACAGCCCCUGAUUGGCAGACUGAACACAGAAAGGAUCCAUUGAGUGCAACCAGAGGAAUUUAGGGUGUUCAUGCCACUCGGGUAAACAACUGACCCCUCUCUCUGCACACUGUAUUCCUCCUCUCCCACUCUCUUUCUGUCUUUUCAUCCACUGCAUGUUUCCUGAAGAUCUGGGAACCUUUAACAGAGUGAACUAAAAGUUUUCUGUGGUCACUGUGAGGAUUCUCUGCCAUGAAGUGGAGGGUGCUGUUAGUUGCUCCGCUUGUUUCUAUUUUGAUCAUUCAGUUUGGCAUGUGCCAAGAGGCUGAACCCAACACAAAGACAAAAGCUGACAAGAGACCAAAUGGCAAGGCCAAGGUUGGAAAAGGGUCAGGAAAGGCUCUCGCUUCCAAACCGAGAGUGAAAAGCACCCCUCAGACUCCUAAAGCUGCUCAGACAUACCUCACCCAGGUGGUGGACAAGGGAAAGUUCCAGAAAGUGGGGGACACGCUGACUAUUCAAGCAGGUGAUACGCUAGAGAUGAGGUGUAAAGGAAAUCCUGUGCAGUGGACUGUUCCUGCGUAUCUACAAGAGGAUGAUGAAGGACGACUCAGGAUGAUUCAGCAUGAACGUUAUGGCACACUGAUUUUGGCAAAUGCAACAGCGGCUGAUACAGGGGAGUACACCUGCUAUCCCUUGUACUGUGAGGACAAAGACUGCAGAAAAGAAUAUGUCAAAGGCGUCAAAGUCUUCAUCUUUUUCUCUGAUCCUCAGGAGUUGUUUGUACCUUCCUCUGACUAUUAUGAGGUCCUUCGGCUUCGUACUAACUGGCCAACCAUCCUGCCGUGUCAGGUGACCUCUCCGUUGGCGAAGGUGACCCUGCACCAAGAGUUUCCUCCAAUGGAGGUGAAGGUGGAUGGUACAGAGAUCUCCUUUGACAAUAAAAAAGGAUUCACCAUCCACAGGCCAAAGCAGUAUCAUGCUGGAUCUCUCUACUGUGUGGCCAGCCUAGGGAACCUUCGCCAGAGCUCAACCAAGUACAUGCUGAUCUAUGUCAACUAUCCAGCCGCCCCUCCAACACCUGCAGUCCAGGCUUCUUCUAACACUGUGGCAAUGGGACAGAAUCUCCAGGUGACAUGCACUGUGGUGGGAGAACAGGAUGUGGUGGUGGAUUUCACCUGGGAAUACCCUGGACAGAAGAUUGGCCGCCCACUGUACACCCAAGACAGUGUGCAAACAGUGCAGGUGGACGGGCAGAACCGACAGCGCUCUCAGACGGUGCUGCUGGUGGAUGAGAUCAGAGAGGUCGACCAAGGAACAUACACCUGCACAGCCCAGAACCUUGUGGGUUCAAGAUCUGCAUCCACCUCAGUCAAAGUGCAGUCAGCACGCACUACCAACAAACCUAAAAAACUAUAAGAGGUGUCCAUCAGAGAAGUCCCAGUCUUCACAACUUUUUUGUUGAACCCUGGAACAAGCCAAUCAGAAUCUCAGUUUCUCUUAACUUGGGGUUCUGAUACAGACCUGAACAGAGUGACUUUAUUGUUUGACUUUAUUUUGGCUUCGUGUGCAGUGUACCACCGACAUAACCUUAAUGAAGAUGGUAGAACAUACGUAAGAAUGUAAACAUGUUAUGUCCUUUGAGCAAAAUGUCAACAAUUUAAUUAUGGCAAAUUCAUGAAGUAUGCAAAACUGAGAGACAUAAGAUUUAAAAAAGACAAACUUUUUAAAAAUAUAUUUUAUGUUGGAAAUAGGGUUGUCUGUACUUAUUCUACCUUCAGAAAACAACAUAGACUGCAUGUAAUUAUAUUUAACACAUUUUAAUACUGCCGAAUCUUGUACCUAAAUUACAUUUUCAGACUAUGCAAGUAAAACACAGGAUAUUUAUGCCAGAUUCUUGUUUUAUGUUCUCUAUAGCAAUUAAAACUCUUGUGAUAAUUGCACUAUAAAUUGCACAGUUUACCAGCUAUAGUAUAUGUAAACUGAAUUUGUAUUUUUAUUUUCCAAUAAAACGAUAAUAAAUGUCUCAUU